CCCUCCACACGGCAUUGCCCCGGACAUUCUUUCCUUUUGCUUCUCGGUAUCACAAGGUGUUGUUGGAUUCCGGGUUUUGCUUCUUCUGCUUGUUCAUUUGUCUCACGCGGCUUCCAAUCUCCCGGGACGACUCCCACGAACCACACGACCACACGAAAAAACGGCAUCCGAGUGCGCGGCACGGCAGUCGAGAUGGGUCGCGGAUUCCUCGUGCCAGACAACUUCAAGCUCGAAGCCCCGAGUGAGGAUGAUAUGAACAUUGCGUCCAUCAUCUGGGGCUUGACCCUGGGUGUCACCGUCUUCAACUGCGCCAAGGCCUUCCGACAGUCGAAGUCCUCCAUCAACAGACGAAAGCGGCUGACUAUUUACGUCCUCAUGGUUUGGGUCGAGAUUAUCUCGAGUUCCGUCCUUGGUGUCAUGGUUUGGCUCUAUCUUCGCGGAAUCAUCGAGCCCAGCUUCCAGUUUUAUUUCUUCAUCAUUGUCUUUUGGUCUACCCAGGUGCAAUGCCUCAUUCAGAUCAUUAUCAACCGAGUAGGCUUGCUCAUGUUGGUUCGCGCCAACGCAACCAAGCUGAAAUGGACCUGUUUCCUUAUUCUCUUCGCCAUCAACAUCAGCGUGUUCUGCAUUUGGGUGCCUGCCCGUCUCCAAAUCAGCGAGCAGUACGUUGCCAUCAACAACAUUUGGGAUCGUUGCGAAAAGGUCAUUUUCGCCAUUAUGGAUGCUGUUCUCAACUUCUACUUCAUCUGGGUCGUCAAGAAGCGUCUUAUCGCCAACGGUCUGCACAAGUACAACCGACUGUACCAGAUGAACUUGUUCCUUGUCGCCAUCUCUAUCGCUCUAGAUAUCCUUCUUAUUGGUAUGAUGUCUCUGCCCAACAGCUUCGUCUACGUCCAGUUCCACCCUCUCGUCUAUCUUCUCAAGCUCCACAUCGAGAUGAACAUGGCCGAUCUCAUUGGAAAGGUCGUCCGUGCCAGCAACAACGAGGGAUCUCACGAGUACAGCUCCAACACCCGAUCUCGAACCCACCAGACUGGAUCCCGCCCAAACCACAGCCGAUUCGGUGCCACCCUGACCAGAACGCACAUCGAGCUCGGCGAGGAGGACGAGAUGGAGCUCAAGGAGCGUCAGAACCUCGAGGGAAUCAAGAAGACAGUUGUCACGGAGAUUGUGCGCGUUGGACCCAAUGGCGAGGAGGACGAUAUCCCAGAGCACCACGAGAGGGCUGUCAGCGAGGCCAGCUCGACGAAGCAUGCGGGCAACCAAGAGUCGUUUACUAUCCAACACGCACGAUAGAUCAUGCAUUUGACCAUGAUUCUUUAUUAUAUCUAUUAGAGCUAGAAGGCAUCGCCAGCGACAAGGCUAAUGUAAUGAGUAUGUAUGUACGGAUACCCAAAGAAACAUACACAGUAUCCGGGAACCAGAUCUUGCGCAUCCAUCGGUGAAGGCUCAAGCCGGGAUUCCCUUAACUCGUAGUAACCUCGAU